UGUCAAUUACAUUCACGAGACUCGAGCAACUACCUCCAAAAUCUCCGGUCAGGGCCCGUUAAAACCCGGUUUAACCGAAAACCCGACCCGGUUUUCGUCUUUAUCCUCCUUCUGCAGUGAUAGAGCAUCGCCAUUCUCUCGUUUGAGCCUGAGAUUUUGACCCGACCCGAUUAGGUUUAACCCGAAAACCCGACCCGGGUUCAGUCUUUUAUGCUCCUUCCGCAGUGAUACCAUCGCCAGUCUCUCUCUAGUUUGAACCUGAGAUUUUGACCCGACCCGACCCGACCCGGUUUUCGAUCCUAACCGUCAUGGACUUCUCUACAACGACGACGACUACUUCCACGGCGGCGAACGGUUACAGCUCGCCGCGAGACUCAUCAAUCCCUUCGAGCUUCACGAAGUUCAACUCCGCUUUAACGGCGGGCCUUCUCAAUCCGAUGUCUCCUCCUCCUCCUCCUCCGGCGAUGCUAGACAAGUCCCGAGCGAGCCCGACGCUAUUCGAGAUGAUGUCCAGCGAAGCCGGAUCUCCGGUUCAGAUCCAGAACCUCGCGCUUCCGUCUUCGUCGAGGACGACGAACGCGAACAGGAGCCAUCUCGUCAUCUCGGCUCAGGACAAGCAGGCGCUCGCAAUGCAGCGGAUUUCGAAUCUUUUAAUGACUCGGAGCCCCGGGAACCAGUUCAACGACCCGGCUUCGAGCGACGUGAAGCUGACUCUGAGCUCUAAAGACGGGAUUAGCAUCACGAUGUGCGUGCACAGGCAGAUUCUCGUAGCUCACAGUAGGUUCUUCGCUGUGAAGUUGUCUGAUCGAUGGUCCAAGCAGCAGAUGGCGCCGUCGUCGUCUCCCUACAUUGUCGAGAUCUCUGAUUGUGAUGACGUGGAGGUUUAUAUAGAGACGUUGAUGUUAAUGUACUGUAGGGAUCUAAGGAAGAAGAUGAUGAGGCAGGACGUGUCUAGGGUUCUUGGUAUCUUGAAGGUUUCGGCAGCGAUUGGGUUUGAUGCUGGAGUGCUGUCGUGUUUGGAGUAUUUGGAAGCAGCACCGUGGUCUGAAGAUGAAGAACAUAGGAUUGCUUCGUUGUUGUCUGAGCUACACCUUGAGAACGUAGGAGCAACAGAAGUUUUGAGAAGGGUCUCUGUAGAAGCUAGUCAGAACAAUGGCAGCAACGAUGAGGUGCUUCUGAAUCUUUUGCAUAUAGUUCUCGAGGGGAAAGACGAGAAGGCGAGGCGUGACAUGAAGACGCUUGUUUCGAAAAUGCUUAGAGAGAACUCGUCUGGUAAUGAUCUUAGGAAAGAGUCGCUGUAUCUGGCUUGUGAUGGUUGUUUGCAUAAGCUUAAGCGUCAGUUUCUACAAGCGGCGGAGUCUGAUUUGGAGAAUGUAGAUCAGAUAGCGAGACAAGCGGAUAACCUGCAUUGGAUUUUGGAUAUUUUGAUCGAUAGACAGAUCGCAGAGGAUUUUCUUGUUAUGUGGGCUUCUCUCUCUGAGCUGUCUGACGUGCACGGUAAGGUUCCCGUUGUUCACAGGUUUGAGAUUAGCAGAGUGACGGCGAGGAUCUUUGUUGGGAUUGGAAAGGGGCAGAUUCUGACACCGAAGGAAGUGAGGUGUUUGUUGCUGAGGAACUGGUUGACACCUUUCUAUGACGAUUUCGCGUGGAUGAAGAGGGCGUCGAAAGGGCUGGAUCGGUAUUUAGUGGAGGAUGGUUUGAGCAAUACCAUUCUCACUCUUCCUCUUGCUUGGCAGCAAGAGUUUUUCUUGGCGUGGUUUGAUCGGUUCUUGAACUCGAACGACUGUCCUAAUAUCCAGAGAGGCUUUGAAGUUUGGUGGAGACGGGCGUUCUGGAGAAGGAAAGAACAGAGUCAGGAGGAGCCUGCUCGGCUAAGAAACAUAGCUUCAGCCACUGAUAACUCUUGAGAGAUCUGUUAAACCAUGUGUUUAUUCCACGUCUACCUUUGCCUUGUUUCUUAAGGAUCAGACAAUGGGGAAGAAGAUGAAUCUUAAAUCCAAAAGAGAAGGUAAUCUGAGGUCUUGAACUCGGGAUUGGGGAUUGAUGAAUGGAGGGAGGUGUGCAAGCUUUAUCGGAAUUUAAGACAUCGAUCACGAUUAGAAUUAGUUUUUGCAUGAACAUGAUCGUUGGAAGUAGUUUUCAUUUUGAUUGAAGCAGAGCUCGAUUUUUGUACAUCUCUCUCUCUUAAGUUUUCUUAAUUUCCAAUGUAUCUGAAAAGUAACUUUGAAGUCGAACCCUUCUCUAUG